AAGAAAAGAGAACAUUUUGAACAUUUGCACUCCACAGUCCACCUUAAAAAAAGUUAAAGCAGGUGAAGGAGGGACCAACAUCCUCUGUCAUUCCUCAUUGGCCAAAUAAGGCUCCGGGCGUGAACUUCCAGAGAAAAGUUUAACAUUCAUUAAGAUCCACAUUGAGCAGUUCACUCUGUCACACUCGGUGGAGCUGCAAGGCUGUUCUGGUCCUGGCAUUAAAGGUGACAUGGCUGUCCACGAGACCAACAUGCGGCUGAAGCUGCCCAUCGUCUGCGUGAUCCUGGAAGUGAUCCUCAUCAUCCUCUUUGCCGUGCUGGUCACCUACGACGAGGACACGGAUGCCAAGAAGUGGCACAAAGAGCUGAAAGCCAACAGAUCCAUCAACUAUGAAAACGACUUCUACUACCGUUACCCAAGCUUCCAGGACGUGCACGUGAUGAUCUUCAUCGGCUUCGGCUUCCUCAUGACCUUCCUGCAGCGUUACGGCUUCAGCAGCGUGGGCUUCAACUUCCUGAUUGCCGCCUUCUCCCUGCAGUGGGCCACCCUCAUGCAGGGCUUCCUCCACGGCAUGCACCAUGGCAAGAUUCACGUCGGGGUGGAGAGCAUGAUCAACGCGGACUUCUGCACCGGUUCUGUCUUGAUCUCCUUCGGAGCUGUGCUAGGGAAGACCAGUCCAGUACAGCUGAUGAUAAUGGCUGUGUUUGAAGUAACACUCUUUGCCGUUAAUGAAUUCAUUAUCCUGUCUGUCCUGGAGGCAAAAGAUGCAGGAGGCUCCAUGACCAUCCACACAUUCGGUGCCUACUUUGGGCUGGUUGUUGCCCGAGUUCUUUAUCGCCCCCAGCUGCACAAGAGCAAGCACAAAAAUGGUUCCGUUUACCAUUCAGAUCUUUUUGCCAUGAUUGGUACGAUCUUCCUCUGGAUGUUCUGGCCCAGCUUUAACUCGGCCGUCACUGCACACGGCGACGAUCAGCACCGCACUGCGAUGAACACCUACUACUCCUUGGCCUCCUGCACACUGGCCACCUUCGGCAUCUCCGCACUAGUCAACAAUGAAGGCAAACUGGAUAUGGUUCACAUCCAGAAUGCAGCACUCGCGGGAGGCGUGGCCGUGGGCACAGCCGGCGAGAUGAUGCUGACGCCUUUCGGCUCUAUGAUUGUGGGCUUCCUGGCUGGAGUCAUUUCCACCCUGGGUUUCAAGUUUCUGACGCCCAUAUUGGAGGAGAAGCUGCGCAUUCAGGACACCUGCGGAGUUCACAACCUCCAUGGCAUGCCCGGUAUCCUGGGAGCCAUUGUGGGGGCAAUCACUGCCUCUGCGGCAUCGCGGGAUGUCUACGGUGAUGGAAUGACGGAUGUGUUUCCCGAGAUCGCAAACAAUAACUUCACACCCUCUGGCCAAGGUGUGCGACAGGCCAUCUCCCUGGCAGUCACGCUGGGCUUCGCAGCCGUGGGAGGGGUCAUCGUGGGUUUCAUUCUGAAGAUGCCUUUUCUUGGGUCUCCUCCUGACACCAAUUGCUUUGAAGACAACAUCUACUGGGAGGUUCCAGGAGAUGAGGAAUCCCACCAGGAACUGACUCCGGUGCAGCAGGACGAGGUGGCUAGGCCACUCAAUGGCUGAGCAUCAGAACAGGUCACGCCUGCUUCACCUGUCUUAUUCUGCGCUAAAACGUUUACAGCAGCUCAGAUCUGGUCUCCCCCUGCUAAGAUCUUCUGUCAAUGGGCCGACAACUGGACUGCGUGGAUUUCCUGUGUGCAUGUGUAUGUAUGUCUGUACAUAGUUUUUAUACGUCAUGCCAGAUUUUGUUUUUAUGUGGAUUUAUGUGUAUGUAUGGUCUGUUUUUUACAUUGUUUGGUAACAAACUUGUCAGAUUAGACCAGAUUUAACGCUGAUAUUUUUGUGGUGCUGGAAAUGUAAUAGCAUUUGCAUUUAUUAAUGUUUUAGAUAAUCAAAUAUACAUAUUUCUCUACAUCCUUCAUAUAAAUACAUAUAUAUAUAAUACUGAAUAUACUACCAAUUAUGUUCCUAAGAAUAAAAAAAUAUCAAGGAUAAGAAACCAUACUUCUAUUAUAAAAUAUAACCACCAGGUGGCGUCUCAGAGUUGCAUUGAAAAUGUAUCUCAAUGUCCAAGUGCUGCUUUUUAAAAAGUAGUUUUUUUGGUGACGUCCGGCCUUGCACUUAUGCAUACAGGUUGUUUUUUUUUUCUUUUUCUUAAUGUGCCAAAAGUGUUUGGCAGUCAUGGAAAUAGGCUUAAUAAACUUGAAAAAAAAAAAAUCUUAUUUUCCUUCUGUAACUUUUUUUAACAUUCUUAAUUUGUAAUAUUUUACUCACCUGUUGUGGAUAAAUAAUUAAAAUGAUCACAGUUUGUUUUAUAUGCAUGCUAUUUAAAAAGACAAAUAUGACAAAUUUAUAUGUUGUUUUGCCUUGUCUGGGAUAAUCCAACUUAAUCAUUAUGCAGUUUUAUCUCAUACCAGUAGCCUGAUAAAAUAUGAAAUUUUUUAUAUCUACUACAAUAAGUGGAGGAUAAAUGUACUGAUGUUGCUUUUUACAGGUUCACAAAUUUUGCAUGAUUUUCAUAUAUGGCUGCAUAUUAUAAAUAUUAAUUUUGUUUAUUUACCCAAACCACAAACAUCCACAGCUUACCUGACAUAUAUAUCCAAUCAUUAGAAAAUCAUAAAUUAGAGAUUUCAAAUAAAGGGAUUUAAAUACUUUUUUUUUUAAUCAGACAUGGGUAUGAUCAAAGUAAAUCUAAGAAACAUAUGUUGACUCUUUGUGAUAUAAUUUUUUUUUGUCUAUCUGCACAGUCAGACUGAACAUUUUACAGUCACAUGAGAUUAAAUUUGUCACACGAGAUAAGUAUCAAAUGGAGAAUCCUCCUGUCUUAUUCAGAGAAUCAAAGAAGAGGGCCGAGAGGCUGCCCCCUUGGGGGCACUGGUCCCUGGCAUAGCAGCCCUCCUCUCUCCUGUGGGUCAGUUGUAAUAAGAUUAAAGCUUAGCUUUGACAGGCCCUGCACUGCUGGCUGCACACACUCCUCCGUCAGCUGUUGACAAAUGGUCAGCAUGAAAGGAGCCUGGCUAACACAGGUCAGUAGCUGCAUGCAGGAGAUUUUGGGCCCCAUGAAAGCGCAUCAUAUCAGGCCCCCCCAGUCCAGACCAAUCUGGUUAUUUAACAAGAAAUUUAUGGGCCUCCUUACUCAGGGGCCCUUGGGAUACUCCUAAUUCCACCCCAGCACCCCUGAUCACGUAACACUCAUAAGGCUCAUUUUUACAUUACAUACAAGAUUCAAUCCAGAGAAUUUACUUCUUUAUUGCCAAUGCACAUGACAGCACAACAAGACUGAGUUAGCAAGUUCCUAGGCAGUGCAAGCAAAAACACAAGACAAGAUAUAUAAUAUGUAAACCAUAUACACAAAAUAACCGAUAUACUGCACAUAUGUGCAAAAAUACAAAUGCCCUCCCAGAAGUGUCCUGCAAAUUGACAGCGGCUCCAUUACAUGCACGAAUAAUGUGCAACGUCCUGAGAAAAUCUGUUUCCAGCACGUGGUUGAGGUAUUUUCAAACAAAAAUAUCGUGGUAUUACCAUAAUACAACCCAUCAUAGCCAGCACCCCCCCCCCCUCCAUUGCCCCACAUCCCUGAAAUCAAUAGCUGUAUGCAUAACCAGAGAUGUAAUAAACAGUAUGUGUGGUGAGGGUUA